AUGGCUCUCCAAUCCCAUCAAGUGGACCUCAACAAACUAGAAGAGAAUGAGAUCGAGGUGACCCUUGAUUCUGAACAAGAGGCUAAUGCAGCAGCAGAGGGAGGCAGCUUCGGAGAAGGUUCUCUAAAGGCCUCAGACAAAUUAAAGUACCAGGGCAUCCAAGACGACAAAGAUGAUGUGAUCUUCGUUGGAGACAUGAAGGACACUGGUGAUAACAUCAAAGAGGAGUGCCUUGGGAGCCACCAAGGGUCGGGAGACCCACAGCUGGAGGAGCAGAACUUGGCCACUGCCAGAGUUCCACUGGUCCGGCGCACAAGGCCACGGAUCCAGCUGGGUCUUACACCCAGGCAGCUGAGAGAACUGGAAGAUGUUUUUGAGAAAAUAAAGUACCCCGAUGUGACCACAAGGAGGAACCUUGCAAAGCGCUUGUACCUGGCAGAAUCCAAAGUGAAGAGAUGGUUUAAGAAAAGAAGAGCCAAAUACAGGAAAGAACAACAGUCUCAAAUGCUCGAGUGUGCAUCUGCUGAUACCCAGAACGAUGUGCAGUAA